CCCACCCCGUGCGCUUCUACUCGGCCUCCCUUCGAGUCCCUCCUCGAUCCGGGUAUCUUCUUCGCACCAUCACCGCCGGGCCGCCGCGACAUUGCCAACUCUUCCGACUGCAUUCGAGGAGAAGGAAUCGUCAAGGUUUUCAUCUUCGCUUUUGAAUUCAAGUGAAAUGGGCGUAAAGGCAAAGAAGGCUUUGAAAAAGAAGCUGAAGAAGACGAACUCUUCUCAGCUAUCAAUUUCUCGUAGCAGAAAUGAAUCUUCUGAUUUCUUGCCUUUAGAAGGGGGUCCAGGGAUGAAAAUUACUCAAGAGGAAGAUGAGCCCAUCAAAAAUACUGCAACUGUACUUUACAUUGGCCAUAUUCCUCAUGGAUUUUAUGAAGAACAAAUGGAAGGAUUCUUUAAGCAAUUUGGGAAAAUCAAGCGGUUGAGGAUUGCUCGGAACAGGAAGACAGGAAAAUCUAAGCAUUAUGGAUUCCUUGAAUUUGAGAACCCAGAGGUGGCCAAAGUUGUGGCUGAUGAGAUUCAUAAUUAUCUACUAUUUGAACACAACCUUCAGAUUCAUCUUAUCCUACCAGAGCGUGUUCAUCCAAAGUUAUGGAGAGGUGUAAAUUGGAGAUACAAACCAUUGAAUUGGACAGAAAUUGCAAGAAAGCAGCAUAACAAGGAUAGAACAGUUGAAGAACAACAACAGAUGAUUCAGGGGAUUCAAAAACGAGAUAAGAAGCGGCGUAACAGAAUCAAGGCUGCUGGUAUUGAUUAUGAGUGCCCGGAUCUCGUUGGUCUCAUUCAGCCUGCUGCUAAGAAAAUUAAGUUUGACGAAGAAGAAGAAGAGUAAGUUUACACGAAGGAAGGCAGUGACUAUCAACUUACCUGAGGACGGUGUUAAGUACUUUGUCCAAGUUUGCUUUAUGGCUUUGGAUAUGAAUUUGUUGCUCGCAGCUGCUUGCUAAUCUCGAAUUUUGGUCUUCACAUCAUAAUCAUGUAAGUGCUGUGUAAUUGGAUUUUGUAUUACACUUGACUUGGAUUGAGCUAUCCAGUAUUAUGACUGAAAUAACAUUUAGUAUGGAUAUCAUAUCAGUAUCA